AUGACCUACCUUGAUCCUGCUCGAAAUGUCAACACGGGUGAGCUAGCAGCAAUUAAAGUAAUAAAAUUAGAACCAGGAGAAGAUUUUGCUGUUGUGCAGCAGGAAAUCAUUAUGAUGAAAGACUGUAAACAUCAAAACAUUGUUGCUUAUUUUGGCAGCUAUCUCAGACGAGACAAGCUAUGGAUUUGCAUGGAGUUUUGUGGAGGUGGUUCUCUGCAGGAUAUUUAUCACGUGACUGGACCACUUUCAGAACAGCAGAUUGCCUAUGUUAGCAGAGAAACACUACAGGGACUCUAUUAUCUUCACAGUAAAGGAAAAAUGCACAGAGAUAUAAAGGGAGCAAACAUUCUUUUAACGGAUAAUGGACAUGUAAAAUUAGCUGAUUUUGGAGUAUCUGCACAGAUAACAGCUACAAUUGCCAAAAGGAAAUCAUUCAUUGGCACCCCAUACUGGAUGGCACCAGAAGUUGCUGCAGUAGAAAGAAAAGGUGGCUAUAACCAACUCUGUGAUCUGUGGGCAGUUGGAAUAACUGCUAUAGAGCUUGCUGAACUUCAGCCUCCAAUGUUUGACCUACAUCCAAUGAGAGCACUUUUUCUAAUGACGAAAAGCAACUUCCAGCCUCCUAAAUUAAAGGACAAAAUGAAAUGGUCCAAUAGUUUCCAUCAUUUUGUGAAAAUGGCACUUACAAAAAAUCCUAAAAAAAGACCUACAGCUGAAAAGCUACUACAGCAUCCUUUUGUUACCCAACCAUUAAAUCGAAGUCUUGCUAUUGAACUUCUGGAUAAAAUGAAUAAUCCUGAUCAUUCCACUUACCAUGAUUUUGAUGAUGAUGAUCCUGAGCCUCUUGUAGUGCCUCAUAGAAUUCAUUCGACAAGUAGAAAUGUGAGAGAAGAAAAGACACGCUCUGAAAUAAACUUUGGUCAAGUAAAAUUUGAUCCACCUUUGAGGAAAGAGACAGAGCCACAUCAUGAAUUUCCUGACAGUAGCGAUUUUUUGGACAAUUCAGAAGAAAUAUACUACACUGCAAGAUCUAACCUGGUAUUUUUCAUCUUAUGCCUUUCUUUGUCAGUGUUAGUUUUGUCUGUGUUUUCCUUUUUCAAAGCUCAUGUUUUGUGCUGUUGUUGUACUGGUGUUUUCAUCUGUGUAAAAACCAUUCAAUGCAAGGAUUAGUCUGUAUGUGUAUUUCUGUAUUGUAGGAAGGAAUUCUUAGUAUGUGCAGUAUUGAAAGCAUUUAACCCGUAUUUGUGUUUAGUUGAAUCACUUUUAUAGAAGGGGCUCGGUAUUAUGCACUCAUUCUAAUUUCUUUAACUGCCUUAAAAUGCAUAACUUGUUAAUUUUUUGGAGGGUGUUUAAAAAUAGAAGAGACAUUCUCUUUGUAUUUUUGUCUGGUAGGUCCUUUAAAAAGACUAUAAGAUAAUAUAAAAGUAAGCCUCUGAAUUCUCCAGAAGGUAAUUAUGUUACAGAAUGAAUAUGCACUUAAUACAAAUAACAGAAAGUGUGGUCCUAAGUGUUUUCAAUAGCAUUUGGCAUUGUUUAUAGUCUGAUACAUUUUCCAAGCUUUCUCGUACUGCACUGCUAAAAAAUUUGGUUGUUAGCAUUGCGAUAUAGAAAUUACUCUAGUUUUCUUAUUUCUAUGCUCUGUAGGCACUAUGUAGUUAGAAAAAUAAUGCUUUUACAUCUUGGACAUCUUCAUACACUGUUGAAAAAAUGCAGAAACAUUCUGUACUAGAUGACAAGCAUUCUUCUGCUAAUUUUCUUUGAUUUGUGAGAUGUUUAAUGUAAGUGCACUGAGGGGAAAAUGUAAAAGUGGGGUGUUUGGGAAUGUCUUGUUUUGGUUUUUAUGUGAUGUUUUUUGUUUGGGAUUUUUUUGUUUGUUUUGGCAUCACUUGGCUUGGUGUGACUAAAAUCUGCCAAUACCAUGGUUACUGAGAGCUUAGGCUGUCUUCCCCAUUCUUGGAAGAAACUUCCUCUAUUGCUUGAUCAUAAAAUGUUUCACAAAUUGUUUUGAGAUCAGAAGCUUAGAUUUCUCUGUAUGCAGUGGGAACACCACCAUCCCGUGCAGUUGAUCUGGUUUUGGAAGUGUGGUUUUGGGGGGUUUUUUUGUUUGCUUUUGGUUUGUCUUUUCAGUUUAACACUUCUUAAAAUCUGUCUUUUUCAGGUUACUUUCAGUGUUGUUGCAUAUCUUGCUAGCCUAGUAUCUGUGGGUCUAAGAAGCAAAUGAGAACAUGUCUUCUAACUGGACUGUUCUUUUGUCCCAUGCUGUUCAGUACACUCUUCAAAAAUUAUUACUGUGAUAAAGCUUGUAAAGUACUAUUGUUGUCACAAUUGUGAGAGGGUUUUUAAAGUCCAUCCACAGCACUUCCUGUGUUUCAUUGCUUUCUUCACAACCUACUUUGCUCCUUAUGAAUCAAAGAGGAGCGUUCUGAUUUGGUGGUAAUGUUUCACCCAUUUGUGAGAUUUUUUUUUCAGCAAGAUCUAAUUCUUCUGGAAAUUGAACCAACUACUAAGUAUUUCUUUUAUUCUUCUGUUGUGGACCAGGACAUCAGACUUUCUUUCUCUGUCUCUCUCCUUCCCCCACUCCCCUCUUCAGCUCUGACAGUAUUGGCUUCAGAUAUGUUCAGUGAUAAUAUUUACUCCCAGGGCUCCUGGCAGGUCUCUGCACUCCCCUGGGGUUUCCCUGGCUCAGGAACCCCCCCUGUAUGCUGUGAUCUCCCUCUCUGCGGCGGAACACGCCUGAACCGGAGCUGAUCGCCUCUGCAAGUGACUCUUGGUGGCAGUUACACUGCGUUUGGCAGUGUUGAAUGCGUUGAUGAUAAAUUCCUUCUCCAAGUAAUAGGGGAGCCAACAAGGAGAGGUGCUAUGCUGUUCUCACCAACAAGGAGGGGCUGGUGGGGAAUGUGAAGCUCAAGGGCAGCCUUGGCAGCAGUGACCAUGAAAUGGUCAAGAUCCUUAGGGCACUGAGUGCACAAUAAGCUCACUACCCUGGACUUCGGGAGAGCAGACUUCGGCCUCUUCAGGGAUCAACAAGGUAUAAAGCCCUGGAGGGAAGAGGGGCCCAGGAAAGCUGGUUAAUAUUCAAGGAUCACCUCCUCCAAGCUCAGGAGCAAUGCAUCCCAACAAAGAGGAAAUCAGACAGAAAUGCCAGGAGGCCUGCGUGGAUGAACAAGGAGCUGCUGGACAAACUCAAACCCAAAAAGGAGGCCUCCAGAGGGUGGAAGCAAGGACAAGCAAGGUGGAAGCCUGGAAGAAAUACAGAGAAAUUGUCCAAGCAGCCAGGGAUCAGGUUAGGAAAGCUAAAGCCUUCUCUUUAAAUUGGAGAGAUGUGGAUUUGAUGGAUGGACCACUCAGUGGAUAAGGAAUUAGCUGGAUAGUCGCACUCAAAGAGUUGCGGUCAAUGGCUCGGUGUCCAAGUGGUGACCAGUGACGAGUGGCAUUCCUCAGGGGUCUGUAUUGGGACCGACGCUGUUUAGCAUCUUUGUUGGCGACAUGAGCUGUGGGACUGAGUGCACCCUCAGCAAGUUAGCUGAUGACACCAAGCUGUGUGGGGCAGUUGUCACACUGGAGGGAAGAGAUGCCAUCCAGAGGGACCCUGACAUGCUUGAGAGGUAGGCCCAUGUGAAGCUCAGGAAGUUCAACAAGGCCAACUGCAAGGUCCUGCACAUGGGUUGGGGCAAUCCCAAGCACAAAU